GUCAGUAUUGUGUUGUUUAUCAUUGUAUGCAUGCAUUGAGUGAUGAAUACCUAUGGUCUGUAAACAAGAGAUAAACUCUUAUCACUGCAUACUUGAAAUCAUUUCACAUCACAUUCACUGUUGACUAAUGACUUCCAAACAAACGCCAAAGUUAUCUAAUCUAUGAUCUCAUAGCAAAUCCAAUGCAAGACUAUAACGACGACAAUAGCGACCAAAAUGAGCACCAAUUGAGACGAGCGGUUAGUUUAGAUCCGAGGAUGACUACACCACAAGAGACGGUCACCACGAGCUCGGCCUCCAUUCACGCGAACCCUAUGUUUGACGGCAACGACGACCACACCAUCGAUGGCAGGAACUCAUCGCUCAGAAGGCAGGUGUCAGAGCCCGCGCGCAAUCAGCACCGGAUUAACCCCACGGUCACCAGAGCUGAAUCCAUUAAACAAAUGGCUGUGAGAGGAGCGCAACAACUCUUCGGCAUCACUGAAGACAGUGACUCACACGACGACGACAUAUGGCUUCAGAGGCGGCGAAGACUUCUUCGUAAUUACGGAAAAUUGAAACAAAAGGAAGAGCCGGUGAUCCCAUUGAGGGCUCGCACGACAACAGAAUCUCCAGGUUUUGAUGAAACCGACGGUGUCUUAAGAACUAAAAUAAUGACAGCAUUUUCAGAAACACAAAGAGAUUUGAGUCCUGAAGACGUCGCUCGAAAGCCUGCCCUUAAGAUCACUAUGAAAGCCAUCGCAAUGGCGUCCAAUGCUAUAAAGAAGAGACUAUCGAAUCGAACGGAUCAACUGGUCUUAAGACCGGAUGAGACGGGAGACGCGAGGCUUGAAAGGGGCGACGGAUCGCAAACGUUGACCGCAGACAGCGUUUUCUUACAAAACGACGCGUUUGACGGAUCCUUUGAGGACUUCUUUGUCAAACCGGCAGAACCGAGAGUCGAGUCGCACGAAGAAGUGGACGCUAGUCAUCGGAGGCCACCAAUGGCUGCUCCAAACAUGUGGUCCAUUCAGAGACAAGUGUCCGUUAAGGAGAAGAGUAUUCCCGAACAGAUUUACCAGCAAUUGCUGCGAACGGAUAACUCGAAUCGUCGAGAAUUCGGUUUAGGACUCAUCGACAGACUCCUGGGCCGGCGCCGGAAGAAGGAUCUGUCGAAAGAGGAGCGCACAUCCCUAUCGAACCUCGAGAACCAUAUCGACGACUUUCGGCCGUUCUUUACUUACUGGAUCACAACCGUCCAGAUAUUGAUACUUAUAAUCUCGUUGAGCGCGUAUGGGUUCGGCCACUGGGGCUUAGAUAAGACACAAAUCAGUGGUUUAGUGUACGUCAAGAGUCUGUCCCUACAGCAAGUCGACUACUUCGAGCUCCAAAACUUUUGGUUUGGACCCCGUUCUGCCGAUUUGAUACAUUUGGGCGCUAAGUACACGCCGUGUAUGCGAAGGGAUGAGAAGGUCUACAAACUAAUAGAAGGCGAGAGGAGUUACGAGAAGACCACCGGUUGUUGCAUCAGAAACGACGGCUCGGGUUGUGUCCAAACGCACACUAAUAAAUGUUCACCAUUGCUCUCAUCGUUCACCAAAUGGGAAAGAGGCGGUUCCGACAGUAUGGGCAGGAAUUCGGGUCCAGUCUGUGGACAAGACCCUCGCUUUUGCGAACAGCCGGCGUCUAUUGAGCCGUACGAGUGGGCCGACGAUAUCACUAAGUGGCCGAUUUGUCGCAAAACGUCGACCAAAGCUGCUAUUUUUGAGCCACACAUGAGGUGUGAACUCAUAGCCCGUCCGUGUUGUCUGGGCAUCAAUGGCGAGUGUCACAUAACGACGCGAGAGUUUUGCGAUUUCAUUAAAGGCUUCUUUCACGAAGAGGCGACCCUUUGCUCACAAGUGUCGUGUAUGGGAGACGUGUGCGGAAUGAUUCCGUUCUACUCGGACGACAGUCCCGACCAAAUCUACCGGAUAUUCACUCCGAUCUUCCUUCACGCGGGUUUGGGUCAUAUCCUCAUUACAGCGCUCUUCCAGUUCUUCAUUAUGAAAGAGAUCGAGAAAAUGACGGGUUGGGCGCGAAUGGCCGCCAUUUACUUAGUCUCGGGUAUUACGGGGUAUUUAGCGAGUGCUGUGUUCCUACCAUUCCGUCCAGAGGUCGGGCCGGCUGGCAGUCUAUACGGAGUGAUGGCUUACUUUUUCGUUGAGUUGAAGUAUAUGUGGAAAUUCAUGGAGAAUCCAUACCUAGUAUUAAUGAAACAGAUAGCGGUGGCAACCGUGCUAUUAAUGUUAGGAUUCCUGCCAUGGAUUGAUAACUACGCUCACGGCAAUUACGGGAUUUAUAAUCGGACUCUUAUUGUCAUUCGCAUUGAUCCCGAGUACUAUCACCGCUGAGAACAGAACCCGAAAAAUAUUGAUAAAAACCGGUUGUUUUGCGAUCGUUGUGUUCAUUAUAAUCACAUUAUUAGUGCUGUUAUACAAAGUUCCCAUUUAUGACAUCAAAGUAUUUAAAUACUUUAAUUGCAUUCCGUUUACUGAUCAGUGGUGUGCCAGUCAUGACAUUCAAGUCAACAGAAUCGACAUCUUGUAAUCAAAUCAAACGCAAGCUUUUGUAGCUUUACAUCAAUUGUUUUGUAAUAUUUUCCAUAUUUUCUAUUAUAA